UGAGUGUGUCACUCAGCUCAGGAAAACUGAAGAUAAACUGAAUUCUCUGGGGUCUGGAGCAGAGAUCAUAGUUGUGCUUGCAGAGAUGCCUGGAAGGAAGGGGUGGAAAAGCGAGCAGCCGACCCCAGCGUCAGCGUUGACAGAGGUGGAAGUUGAGUGUGGCACUCAACUCAGGAGAUUUGGAGACAAAGUGAAUUUCCGUCAGAAACUUCUGAAUUUGAUUUCCAAACUCUUCAAUUUAGUGACCUGACUGCUUCAGAAGCUUUUGCAUGAAGGGUGUCCUUUAAAAAGGAAGU